AUGGACAUGGAAGAUGAUCCUGAUUAUGAUAUCUUCAGAGACGAAGACGAAGAUCCUGAUGCUCAACUUCACACAGAAAAUGAUUCCAACAAAGAAUACGUGGUUUAUCUCGUCGAUGCAUCUCCUAAAAUGUUCACCACUACUUGUCUAUCGGAAAACCAAGACCCUGAAACUCACUUCCAGAUUGCUCUUAGUUGCAUCUCUCUCUCGCUCAGGGCUCAGAUCAUCAACAAAUCCUAUGAUCAAGUUUCCAUAUGCUUCUAUAACACAAGGGAGAAAAAGAAUUUACAAGACCUAAAUGGUGUUUAUGCAUUUCAUCUUCCUGAAGGAGAUUAUCUAGAUAGGCCUACAGCUAGGUUUAUCAAAGAAUUUGAUAAUCUCCACGAUUCUUUUUCCAAAAGCAUUGGAAGCCAUCACGGUGUCUUGCCAGGAAGUCGAGAGAAUCCUCUCUACAAUGCUAUCUGGGUGGCUCAAGCACUUCUUCGGAAAGGGUCCGCAAAGACAGUCAAUAAACGCAUACUUUUGUUCACAAAUGAAGAUGAUCCUUUUGGGUGUCUCAAAGGGGCUGUAAAAUCUGACAUGACAAGAACCACACUGCAGAGAGCUAAAGACGCACAGGAUCUUGGCAUAACAAUUGAGCUUCUUCCAUUGAGUUCCCCUGAUGAAAUGUUCGACUUAUCUAAAUUCUAUGUUGAUUUGAUUGGCUUGGAAGGAGAUGAGCUUGUUAACUUUAUGGCAUCAGCAGGAAACAGAUUGGAGGAUAUGAAAGAUCAGUUAAGAAAGCGCAUGUUUACGAAACGCAGAGUCAAAAAAUUUAAAUUCACAAUAGUUGAUGGGCUAUCAAUAGAGCUUAGUUCAUAUGCUUUAAUUCGUCCCACUGUUCCUGGAUCAAUCACAUGGCUUGAUUCCAUUACUAAUCGUCCUUUGAAGAGUGAAAGAACUUUCAUUUGUGCUGAUACUGGUGCAUUGGUGGAAGAAUCUACCAGGCGGUUUCAUCCUUAUAAAAACCAGGAUAUUAUAUUUUCUGUGAAGGAGCUAUCUGAAAUUAAGAGAGUUGCUACUGGACAUCUACAUCUUUUAGGGUUCAAGCCAUUGAGUUGCUUGAGAGAUUAUUACAACUUGAAGCCAUCAACUUUCCUUUAUCCAAGCGACGAGGGUACAGAUGGUAGCAUGUGUACCUUCAUUGCCCUUCAUAAGUCCAUGAUACAGCUCAACCGUUUUGCAGUUGCAUUCAGUGGUAGUUCAUCUCGACCUCAAUUGGUUGCCCUUAUUGCGCAGGACGAGGUUAUCCAAUCUGGUGGUCAGAUUGAGCCGCCUGGAAUGCAAAUGAUCUAUCUUCCAUAUUCUGAUGACAUCAGACUUGUUGAAGAGCGUCAUUCAGAUACUAGUGGGGUGCCUAAAGCAAGUGCUGAUCAGAUAAAAAAGGCAUCUGAUUUAAUUAAGCGUUUGGACUUAAAAGACUUUUCUGUAUUCCAGUUUACCAACCCUGCCUUGCAGAGACAUUAUGCAGUAUUGGAGGCAUUAGCUUUGGAAGAAGACGAGAUUCCAGAAAUCAAAGAUGAAACAUUACCUGACGAGGAAGGCUUGGCCAGACCAGGAGUGGUAAGGGUAUUAGAAGAAUUCAAGACUUCUAUAUACGGGGAGAAUUAUGAUGAGGAAAGUGAACAAGGCACCGGAAAGCCAACUGAAGCCUCCAAGAAACGAAAAGCGCAUAGUGAGUUUGCUAAGAAAGAGUGUGAGAGCUAUGAUUGGGGUGAGCUCGCCGAUUCUGGAAAGUUGAAGGAUUUGACAAUGGUGGAGUUAAAGUAUUAUCUCACAGGACACAAUCUUCCUGUUUCUGGGAAGAAGGAAGCUAUUGUUAGCCGAAUAUUAACUCAUAUGGGAAAAUGA